AUGGACUAUACAUCGUUCUGUUCUACGAACCUCGCUGGAGACGAGCCUAUUGGUGUCAGAGAGAGUUUCGACGAAGACAAAUGCCGUAACGUUCUCGUGCGAUACUGCGCCCACAUCCCUCGCAACUACCAGUAUCGUGACGGUAUCCAACUUGUAUUUCUGGUGCUGCGAGACCAUCUUGGAGACGAACUCCUUGGGCUUGCGGGAGGUGUGCUCUACGAGAUGAUCGAGGUCGAUUGCCACUAUUCAGAUGAUCCAGGCGCAGCAUUUCAACGCUGGAGACACGAUCAUCUAAACAGACAUGCAGACCUCGAGCUCCCUCACAUUCCGCACCUGAAUACCGUUACAUCCAGCAUCAUCCCAACCACUGCAUUAAUGCAGUGGAGAGAGGGUCACCCCCAAAGAUACCACACGCGGCUUUCCGAUUAUUCGCCUGCAAAAAUGAGGUCUUCUUUGUACCCAAGUGGUAUCGGAACACGGAAGAUUUGGAAGAUAGAACACACCAUGUACGUCUCAUCGCGCCACGGAGGGACGCGGGCGUUUCGACAACUCAAAGCCAGUGAGUUUCACGAAAUGCAAUGGAAUGAGAACAUUGAACACAAAGGGAGACUUGUGGGCGAAAAGUCAAUUGAUCUAGGGGAGCUACAGAAAAGGGGGACUGCAGAAAGCUUGUCUGAACAGAACGGGCAAGCCACCCAUCAUCGUCGUUCGUCAAGUUUGAGGGUCAUGGGACAUGAGAAGAUAACCGAAAUAAUACACAGGUUCCGUUUGACAGAGAAGAGCAAUGGAACGGACAGGGUACCUCGAGUCGUAUCAGAACAGGAUAAUCAUACAACCUUAUUGGUUAACGGCAUGUUGGAGCAACGACUGGACACUCCUGUCAGAGAUUACGAAAUACCAAACGCGAACUUUGCACGGAAAUUUGGCCUGUUCACGGAUAACAGACCAUUGCCGCCUUUCAUAAGAGAACUACCAGUUGCGGAAGAUAUUGCACUGGAAAUGGCCAUAGGCUACCAACCGAAGGAAUUGGUGUACGCAAGAAGAUUUCCAGGCCCCUUCACACCUCAACUUUGGUUUGAUAGUGGUAUUGAUUACCGUUGGAAGCACAGUUCAUGUUGA